AUGGGCUCAACUGCACUUCCAAGAGGUACUAGGCGAGCAAGCAUAGCAUCCAUGGGUCGCAAGAUGUUCAGACUGCUGGCACUUCAUAACCUAUACGAUAGCUGGAGAGUCUUUCACCCAAAUGAACGUGAUUAUUCCUUCCACUCCAAAGCACACAAUACCUACACCCGCAUAGACACUUUUUAUGUGGACCAACCCAUCUUAGCACAGGUAGCCAA